AAUUAAAUAUUACGAUAUUAUUCAGAAAUACCUAAAUUAGAAUCGGUCAUGGAUCCGAAAGUGACCGAACUAAGUAGUAAAGAUCAAAAUGAUUUAUCUGUAAAUAGCGUGGGAAAAACUGAAGAACCGAAUAACGAUAAAUCACUUACCGAUGAUUUAAGUCGAAAAACAACAAGACAAGAAACAAAAGAGAGUCGUUCAUCAAGUUCUUCAAUAAGUCAAUUACCAGAACAACAAACGGUAGAUUAUAUGCAAACAUCUUCAGAAGAAUCAUCUACUGAACAACCUGAAGAUGGUUCUAGGAAACGUGGUAAAAAGAGAGUAACGAAUAAUCCUAAUCCUGGUCGCGGAAAUGAGUUUAAAAGAAUAUCAAAACGUGUUAAGGUUAAAUGGAAUGAACGGGAGUUGCAUGCACUUGAAGAAGGUAUACGUCAAUAUGGUAAAUCUUGGACAAAUAUAAAAAAGAAAUAUGGAAGUGAAGGUCAAGUUCUUGAGCGCCGAACUCAAACGCAACUGAAAGAUAAGGCUCGUUCUGAAUUGGUUCGUCGAUUACGAGAUGGAGUUGAACUUGGUGACUUUGAGAUCAUGGAUAGUAUAUAAUUUUUGAUUAAAAUAUAUCUAGUAAUAGCGUAAAGAAAUUUAAUGUUUAAAAAAUUUCUUUAAUGAAUAAAAU